GUUUCCUGGUGUACUUGUCGGCGGUGCUGCUGCUGUGUUCGGUGCUCGUUUUCUAUUUCUCUCCUCGGGUCGGUCGCUCCAACAUCCUCGUGUACAUCAGCGUCUGCUCGCUGCUCGGGGCGUUCACCGUCGCCUCCGUGAAGGGCCUCGCCAUCGCCAUCAACACCGUGGUUGGUGAUGUUUCCGUGCUGAAGAACCCUCUCACGUGGAUCCUGCUGGUGACGCUCAUCGUCUCUAUCGUAACACAGGUGAACUACCUGAACAAGUCUCUGGACACCUUCAACACGCUGAUGGUGUAUCCCAUCUACUACGUCCUCUUCACCUCCGUGGUGCUGUCCACCUCCAUCAUCCUCUUCCAGGAGUGGAGGAGCAUGAAGCCCGUAGACGUGGUGACAACGCUGGGAUCCUUCCUGGUGAUCGUGGUGGGCGUCGCCAUGCUCCACUUCUUCAAAGAGCUGCAGUGCACCAUGAAGCAGCGUGACCCCAACAGCUUCGGGCUCCGGUCGGAGACGGGCGGGGCUGCAGAGGAGGUUUCAGCCAAUGCACAGCACAGGCAGCAGCAGCAGAGCAGGGCAGCAGCAGCAGCAGUAAGCAGGAAUAAGAAGGAGGAUAUAAUACGGACUGAUGGACAACAUGGUGAUCGAGAGUCUUCCUCCCAUGAAAGGAAGGACCGAGAUCUUCAUCAUCAGCUGAAACUAAAGAAGAAGGAGACAGGUUUCGGUUUCCUAGAGGCUUCACCUCAGCCAUUCGAAUGUGGGCGCGCUCAGCAGCAGAUUGAUGCGCUGCAGAAGUUAGGUGAUUAUAUACGCGGUCCCGACGGGGGAGAGCUGAGGACCCGCGGGCUCUUGAAAGAGUGGAGCAUGGCGACCGGCCCACCAACGAUCACCAGGCAAGAUCCCCAGCGUUGUCCACACGUCUACGGGCUCAUGCUCCUCCACUCCUGGAAGGAGGAUGAUGGAGGUGGGACAGCACCACGGAGGGUGAAGGAGACGUAG